AUGGGGAGACAAGAACACCACAUAUUUUCAUGGGAAAACCAAGCAAAGAAGAACAAGAAAUACUAUAUCUGGGCUUUGUACUUCAAGAAUAUUUUCAACAGUAAUGCCUCUGAAGUUCCUCCUGAUUUUCUUAAUGGUUUCCCCAGCAUGAUAUCAGAAGAAAUGAACAACUCUAUGUCUAGACCUGUGAGCCAAGAUGAGAUUAAAAAGUUGUCUUCUCUCUACAUCAAUCGAAAGCUCAUAGUUGCUGAGAAGUGUGAACCAUACCUUAAUAGCACUGAUCCCGAAAGUUCACCAUCCUCAAAAAGUGGAAGACCUACGUCCUAUAAGUUUGUGCACUACAUUUUACAAGAUCAUCUUGAAAAUCUUGUCCCAGAGACUUUAGCAAGUACUUCCUCAGAUUAUAGAAAUGGGAAGAAAUCCUCCUUAGCUCUCAAAUUGGGCAUAAGCAAAGCCUAUGAUAGAGUAGAGUGGGCAUAUCUGGCUCAGGUUCUAAAAGUUUGGGGCUUCAAUAACACAUUUACAGCUUGGAUUUUGGAAUGUGUUACUACAGUGUCAUAUUCAAUUUUGGUUAAUGGGGAAUCCUGUGAUUAUUUUAAACCAAGCAGAGGUCUUAGGCAGGGAGACCCCCUUUCUCCCCUUGUUUUUGUUCUUUGUGAUGAAGGUUUGAGUCACAAGCUCAAUCAAGCUACAACCACUAACAUAAUCAGAGGAAUCCAAAUUGCAAGACAUGCUCCCCCUAUCAGUCAUCUGUUUUUUGCUGAUGACCCUGAUUUUCACCCAAGAAAAUGCCUAUUCAGUCAGAAACCUGCUCAAUAUUCUGACAGAGUAUGGGAAAGCCAGUGUGCUUUUAUCCCAGCAAUCCUAAAAGUUCAGAAUGUAAGUACUGAAAGUACUUAUCUAGGGCUUCCCCCAUACAUCAUGAGAUUCAAGCAGGAAUCCUUCAAAGCUAUCCCCAUCUACACCAUGAUGUUCUUCAAACUUCCCAGAACUCUAUGUGACAGAAUCAACAGUUUGAUGGCUCAGUUUUGGUGGGGUAGCACAAAGAACAAGAAAAAGAUCAGUUGGGUGGUCUGGAGGAAAAUAUGCAGAAGUAAGUGGAAUGGAGGCUUGGGGUUCAAAGAUUUCAACGCCUUCAACCAGGCUCUGUUAGCUAAACAGGUUUGGAGAAUAUCACAUCAUCAGGAUUCCCUCCGGUACAAGAUUUUUAAGAGCAAGUACUUUCUUAAAACUAAUAUCUGGCAUGCACCUCUUAAAUCUAAUUCAUCUUGGGGAUGGAGAAGUCUUUGGCAUGGUUUAAAAUUGAUUAACCAAGGUAGGAGAUGGCAAAUUGCAAAUGGUUCUCAUAUUCAUACCCUUACUAAUCCUUGGAUUCCUACAAAAACCCCAUUUAUGCCCAAACCUAAACCAACAACAAGAUUGUUUGAUAUAGCAGAUCUGGUUCUGGGACUAAUCGACAAGCACACUAAUAAUUGGGAUGACCAGUUGAUAUCCCACCUUUUCAUUGAGGAAGAUGUUAGUGCUAUUCUUGCCAUUCCCCUCCCCAUCUCUCCAGUACCAGACAGAAUUGUGUGGCACCAUCAUAACACGGGGCUCUUCACAGUUAAAUCAGGGUAUUACACAGCUCUUUCAGUCUCCCAAGAGGAUGAGCCACCUUUAGAUCCCUUGCUUUCCAGAAGCAACUGGAGGUCACUUUGGGAGCUUACUAUCCCAAAUAAAAUAAAAAUUUUCAUUUGGAGGGUUUUGGUUAAUGGACUCUCCACUGCUGAAAAUCUCGACAUCAGAUUGGAAGGGAACAUGACUUGUCCAAGAUAUGGAGCUCAGGAAUCAAGAAACCACCUCUUUUCCAAUGUGAUUUUGUCAAAAGGAUAUGGUUUCACUCUCCUCUAG